CCUGUCAACAAACCCUGAAGAGAUCGAUCGAGCCAGGAAAAUCUGGAAAUUCUAUCUGCUAGGUCCGGCCUGCCGACAAAAUUCGCCCAGUAUCUACAGUCCUCCAGAAUUUUUCCAUCUACGCUCGGACGCCAUGCUGAGGGGACAUUUUGGAUCGGUGGAUCUUAUACGGGGUCUUUUCAACCCUCUGUUCCGAAGGAAUCUGACUGCAACGUCGGUGCGAUGUACAGACGACAGCGACAGAAAGAAGGUAGAGGGUGUAUUUUCCUGGCUCAGGGACAUUUUCAGGACAGAGGUAGCCAGCAUAGGCGAGAGGAACGUUGAACCGAAAAUCAACUGUUCGACAGAGCCCAUUGGGUACUUUGGAUGGUACCCGAGUCCAUCGAGUCGCAGCUUUCUGUUGAUGGCGAACGGGAUGGACAUGCAGGUCCGGGGGGUGGCGGAUUGCUCCCCUAGAAACACGAAGCCACCGAUCAGGGAGCCCAACAUGCCGGAGAAACAGGAGAGGAAGGAGGAGAAGGAGAAGAAAAAGAAGAAAAAGAAGCCGGUGAUGCGUGUGGACGGCUCAGAGAAUUUCCCGGAUGUCGUUGCUGUGGAGGGACAACCGCAUCUUCAGGACGCCCAAGGUGUCAAUUAUCGGUACCAGUGGGGCAUUAAGAUCCCGGAGGAACCUCAAAGCCGAGCGACUCAGACCGCUCACAGGGAACAGAUCUGGGGCAAAGUAUGCGACAUCAAUCUCGGAAGAGCAAGUGGUCUCGUUGCGACGAUGAGCACCUCGGACAAGGAGAAAUCCACCGCGAAACCCGAGUUAGAAACUCAGACAACCCAGCCGAUAGGACCCGGUAUAGUCGAGGAUACCAAAACAGCAGAACCGGCGGACAACUUGGAAACCGAGCAGAAGGUCCGGGAGGCAGUAGCGACUUCGGCGAAGGAGGAUUCGCCGGGCGACGAGGACUACAACGUUCCCGCGGGGACCGACUUCGACGCGGAGAUCUCAGCUUGGAAGGACCUAGUCCUGAAGUCCAAGGUGCCCAUAGACACCACCAGAAAGGACGACUUCGUGCAGGCGAAUGAGUCGAUCGAUUUGCUGAGCAUUCGUCCGGAGCCACCGGAGCCGAAGUUGGACAUUCAAGCGGUUCCAACGGUAGACCCUGAGAUCCUGAAGGAUGACGAGGUUGAAGGGGACAAUACGAAGGAGAUGAAGACUCCUAUGAAGAAGCUGGAUGGGAAACGGAUUGGAGAGGUCCACAAGAUAGACAACAAGAAGCUGCACACGCUGCAGUCUUCACGUUUCGGACGGUUUGAGGACAACAACUACUCCGAAGUUAGGUCUGAAGGUUCGUGGACGUGGUCAACCAUGAACAGGCUGGCAAGGGCGAAUAUCGUGACCUUUUCGACCAGUUCCGAUGGCGACUGGUCCGAUGCUGAGAGAGUCAACGAUGCUAAACGCUGGAAAACUCCACCAGCUACAGAGAGUGCUAGUCCCAGCAGUACAGAAGCGAAGGCAGCCGAGAACACGCAGGAAGCGGCGAGUCUGGACCAGAUGCAGACUCCGGAGUAUCAGUUUCAUCAGACGGAUAUCGAUGCAGAGUUUGCAGACAGUCUGAACGCUAUUGCGGAAAGAGAGAUGGAGAUCUCUUUGCAAGGAACGCAUCAGGAUCAGGAGAUCCAGGAUGUUUCGAUGAAUCUUCGCGAGAGGAAGGAUUCGAGGUCGCUGAAGUCUGAGGACUCCUAUCAGCAGCAUGCUAAUAACUUCACGCAGUACGAGGACGAUUACGUGGCCGGGUACGAGUCAAUACCUAUAGAAUCGGGGCCAGAGAAGUCCGCGAAAGAAGAGCGCAAGAAGGAGCAGCAAUCCGCGGAAUGGGCGGAGAACAGCGACGCUUUCGAGAAGGAAUCCGAAGAGCCUCCAGCCUUGAGCGAUAACUAUGUCAACGACGGCGAGUACAUUAGGUUGCCAGGGGAUCCUUACCCUUACAGCAAGCAGUACUUCGAGACGUGGAGAAAGGCCACACACGAGAUCGACAUUGGCCCGAUCGUUGAACAGAAGAAGCCGGAGAUCGAGGCAGAAACUCCGAUCGGUGACGCGAGGACCAGAAAGCUUGACAUUCUGCCACCUGCCAGGAGCGUGUCCCAAGACGCCGUGCAAAACCGUGACCCGUCUCGAGGCAAAGCAAACGGAACCAGACGUCCAAGAUCCAGGACCGAGAAACGCGCGAGAAAACUGAGCAGGUUCUCCGUGUCAUCGUUAGAACGACGUCUAAUCCCCGAAAGCCUGCGUCGCGACGCUCCAGAAAAAUACGUACUAACGCCUCGGACAACUGCAAUGUCCUGGACGAGCAAGACAAUAGUGGACGAUACGGUGGACGAGUGGCUGUCGAAAGGACAGGUCGCACGGCGAAUCCAUCAAUGGGCUCGUCGCCGGCAGCCUUUGUGACUCGCUGAGACGAGAAACGCGCUCAUGACAGACCAUACAUCGAGUCUGUCGGGUCCCCACAUUGGCGGCGGCGACUCGUCAUCCCCGCCAAUGCACGCGACUAACACCGAACAUGCACCCAAAGAUGACAGAGGGGGGGAUCCCGACCCAGGUUCGUCCCGCGAGGGAACUAUCCACCCUGAGCAACGUACUAUGCCUGGAAAUAGCAUUUCGAGACCUAAUAUGACUACAACUCAAAGGAGAAUGAACACGAAGUAUAACUUUCCAGACUAUGUUCUGAACAAUACAUCCACCGAAAAAAGGAUCAAAGAAGACAAUUUCCAUAUGACCAGGCUGAAGUACUUAUCAAAGGUGAGCAAGAGAGAAAUCGAGGAAAUAUACGAACGAAAAAAUUACUCGUACCUACGACCAGAUGAGAUGAAGAAUCUACGUUUCAAUAUCCCACGUGUACACGAUCGAGGACCUCGAUCCACAGACUCCGACUCGCAGUGAAAAAUACCCGCAGUAAAUCAAAUGACACCGCGCACUAUCCACGUUCGAUUCCCUUCAGAUUAUGAGAGAGUAUAUUAAAUAGAAAAGUGUGCACAAUAAAUGUCCUGCUAAUUAUCUA